GUUUGCCCGAGACCUCUCGUCGAGAAUGUGGAGCGAGUUUCAUAAAUUAAAAAUCGAUUUUUAUAUCACAAUUAUUGAAAAAAAUCGAAACAUUUUUUACAUCCCUUCAUAAUGUUAUCAAGUCAUAUUAAACUGCUGAUUACCGUGGCUGAAGAGAUAGUCUGCCUUAUCUUAUCAUUACCCAUCCCCACCGUUCCAUUGUUCAGAUUAAACAUAGGUACGAUUAAUUUUAAUUAGAAAAAACCAAUUGUCAUUGCUAUUAUGACUUCAAACAAGAUCGACUAUAUUCCUAAAAUAGUGGUAUGUGGGUCGUGCUCUGUUGACUUUACGACAUAUGCCCCCAGACUGCCUAACCAUGGCGAAACUCUUCAUGGAACUAAGUUUGUAACAAGUUUUGGAGGAAAAGGUGCGAACCAAUGCAUUGCAGCUGCCAGAUUGGGUGGAAACACUUACAUGAUUAGUAGAGUAGGUGAUGAUCAGUGGGGUCAGAAAUAUAAAGAUAACUUAAAAACUGCAGGUGUGGAUGUAACACAUGUCUACAAUACACAUAAUGUUACUACUGGUAUUGCUCAAAUCACAGUUGCAGAAAGUGGACAGAAUCAGAUAGUAAUUGUUCUUGGUGCAAAUGGGCACCUUAGUAAGACUGAUGUGGAGAAAUCAAAGGAACUCAUAAUCACUGCUGAUGUGCUUAUUGGACAAUUAGAAACUCCGUUUGAAACAACAUUAGAAGCAUUUAAAAUAAACAGAGGACUGAAAUUAUUAAAUGCAGCCCCUGGAAGAAAUGAUAUUCAAGAAAUUUUGCCUUAUUGCUCCAUACUAUGUGUAAAUGAAUCUGAAGCUUCAAUACUAGCAAACCAUCCAGUUGUUAGUGUAAAGACUGCAGUUGAAGCUAUAAAGAAAAUACUUGCUCUAGGUUGUGCAACAGUCAUUGUAACACUUGGUGAGAAUGGAGCUCUAUACGCAUCAAAGAAUGACCCACCUACACAUGUGUUUUGUGAUAAAGUAGUUCCAGUAGACACUACAGGGGCAGGUGAUGCUUUUGUGGGAGCAUUGGCAACUUACCUAGUUUCUCAUAAAGAUUAUCCUUUGCACCAGAUAAUUGGCGCCGCCUGUGAAGUAGCCACUAUCUCUGUCACUAAAGAAGGCACUCAGACUAGUUACCCAACUAACUACACACCAUUUACUAAGGAAUAUAAAUAUGAAACAUUAUAAAUAAAACAAGAUAACUAUUUGUAAACCAUCAAGGUUCAUUUUAAUGAACAAACCUAAUAUUAAGGCUAAACUAAUUCAAUCAGUUUACACAAUAUCUGAAAACAUGUCAUAAUAUUAUUUUUUACGUAACAUAAUAUAAACCUUAUAUUUAAUUUCGACAAGGGAAAUGAUUAUGGAACUGGAUGGUAAUAAUGGCUAAUAAAAUAAUAAUAGUAGGUUUUCUAAUUUAAAUGUACUUAUAUUACUAAGAAUUCACAUGUUUAACACUUAAACAUAUCAUAUUAUUUUAAAUAGGGUUUAUUAAUAUCAUAUUUAUAUUUUUGCAAAGAUUUUUGGCUUAUUUAAUAUGUAAGGCAUUUUUACAUCAUCAUUCCUUAAGCAUUAUGGUGUUAUGAACAAAUGAAUGUCAUUGAAUUUUGUUGUUAAUAAAAUUUUUAACCAUGUGAAUUUGUAUUCCUUCAUUUCAAAUAAUUAUAUUACAAACCCUAUAAGGGAAGUAAUGAGAAUGCACUGUUUUUGUACAUGUUUAAAUGGCUUCACCAUUUAGGUACAAAACCUACAAUUAAUUUUUAAAGUUAUUUUAA